GGAUGCAACGAAACUCUAACUGCAUUAAAAGGCACCUUCCAUUCCCCGAACUAUCCCAACAAAUACCCAGACGGACAGUACUGCUCCUGGAGGAUCACAGUCAGCUCAGCCCAACAAAUCCACUUAACGUUCAUAGCCUUUAAUCUGCAAAACGAAAAUAACACGGACGCUUUGUAUGUGUAUGAUGGAGAAAAUUCCACAGGGGAGGUGCUAGGAGUGUUUUAUGGAAACCACACUCCCCCAAUAGAAGGAAUCAACUCCUCGUCGAACCAAAUGUUUUUAAUAUUCAAAUCAGAUAAGAGUAUCUCUUACACCGGCUUUAGUGCCUUGUACAAAGCCGUGGAC